CCCUAGAAUUUAGCGAAUGUCGAAUCAGUACAUCACGCGCAGGGGUUCGUCACGUACUCCACGCAGACCAACCCCUUACUUCUGGAAAGCCAAAAUCUCAGUCUUUUUGUAAACGCGGCUUCUUGUGAACGUCUGUGUGGAGGAAAUUAUUCGUUUUGGACCCUUUGGCUUUCCGUAUCAGAUGAAGGGCGCACGUGCUAGGUAGGCGUACGUAUAAAUACUCAGAUACGGAAUCUCGCGCUAAGUGAAAGCUUAGCAAGGAAUUGUUUUGUCGAUGGUUUGUCGAAACAGGAGCCCACAUAGAACCACAGGAGGAGAAAGCUGGAGCACUGGAUGAACCAGAGUCGAGACCCACUUAACACCUCCAUAGACAACAUGGGUGAGGAGGGGCCUCCCAGUCUGGAGUACAUCCAGGCCAAGGACCUGUUCCCUCAGAAAGAGCUGGUCAAAGAAGACGACAGUCUACAGGUGCCUUUCGUGACUCUUCAAGGAGAAGGGGUGGAGUUUCUGGGCCGUGCAGAUGAUGCCAUCAUCGCCAUCUCUAACUACAGACUGCACAUUAAGUUCAAAGAUUCCCUUAUCAAUAUGUGCCCAGGUGUGGACACUGAGAUCUCUGUGCCUCUCAGGCUGAUUGAAGGUGUGGAGAGCAGGGAUAUGUUCCAGCUGCACAUCAUCUGUAAGGACUCCAAAGUCGUGAGGUGUCACUUCUCCACGUUUAAGCAGUGUCAGGAGUGGCUGAAGAGACUAAAUCGAGCUAUUUCUCACCCCUCCCGUCUGGAGGACCUUUUCGCUCUGGCCUAUCACGCUUGGAGCCUUGGGGGCUGUGCUGACGAUGAAGAUCAGCACCUACAUCUCUGCAGGCCUGGCGAUCAUGUUCGUCACAGGAUGGAGACGGAGGUGAGGAGAAUGGGCUUCGACAUGCAGAACGCCUGGAGAGUGUCUGACAUCAACAGCAACUACAAACUGUGUUCCAGUUACCCUCAGAAGAUACUAGUGCCAGUGUGGAUCACAGAUAAAGAACUGGACAGCGUGGCCUCUUUCAGGUCCUGGAAGAGAAUUCCAGUAGUGGUGUACAGACACCAGAAGAAUGGUGCUGUGAUAGCACGCUGCAGUCAACCUGAGAUCAGCUGGUGGGGAUGGAGGAACACCGAGGACGAAUACUUGGUAACGUCCAUCGCCAAGGCCUGCGUGUUGGAUCCUGGAGCCCGAGCAUCCUGCAGGACACGAGGGGAAGGAGCCGAUUCUUCCGACUGCGACUUCGACUCAUCCCUUGCUGUGGGUUCAGGUCCUGAUGCCAGCACUGCACCACAGAAGCUGCUUAUCCUGGAUGCGCGAUCCUACACUGCCGCAGUGGCCAAUCGCGCCAAGGGGGGUGGCUGUGAGUGUGAAGAGUACUACCCAAACUGUGAGGUGAUGUUCAUGGGCAUGGCUAAUAUCCACUCCAUCAGGAACAGUUUCCAGUCUCUAAGAGCUGUGUGCAGUCAAAUCCCUGAUCCGGGCAACUGGCUAUCUGCACUAGAGAGUACACGCUGGCUGCAGCACCUGUCUGUCAUGCUGAAGGCAGCCACUCUGGUGAGCUCCGCCGUGGAGAGGGACGGACGUCCGGUGCUCGUGCACUGCUCUGAUGGCUGGGACCGCACACCACAGAUCGUCGCACUUGCCAAGGUCCUGCUUGACCCCUACUACAGAACUAUUGAGGGUUUCCAGGUGCUGGUGGAAACGGAGUGGCUGGAUUUCGGUCACAAGUUUGCGGACCGCUGUGGCCACGGCGAGAACGCUGAGGACGUCAACGAGCAGUGCCCGGUUUUCCUACAGUGGCUGGACUGCGUCCAUCAGCUCUUAAAACAGUUUCCCUGCCUAUUUGAGUUCACUGAGGCCUUUCUGGUGAAGCUGGUGCAGCACACGUACUCGUGUCUAUAUGGAACAUUCCUGUGUAAUAACGCCCGAGAGCGAGAAUCCCGAAACGUCUACAAGCGGACAUGCUCUGUCUGGUCGCUGCUCCGUGCCGACAACAAGAACUUUCAAAACUUUCUCUACAUCCCCUGCCAUGAUGUGAUCUUGCAGCCUGUGUGUCACACGCGAGCGUUGCAGUUGUGGACUGCUGUGUAUCUGCCCACCUCGUCCCCAUGCACCGCAGCCGAGGACACUAUGGACAUCUACCUGAGCCCCUCAUCUCAGGGAGAGGAGCUCACCUCGCGCUCUCUCGACAGGCUACCUAAGACGCGUUCAAUGGACAACUUGGUGAGCGCUUUUGAAAACGGCUUAGCCCUCACACGCACCUCCAGUGAUCCUAACCUCAACAAGCACUGCCAAGAGGGAAGGCCACAUCUGGAGCCUAUGAUGGGCCAGGGUGGCAGUUUUACAGACAACUUAGAGUUUACCUCUGACAUCAAAUUGUCUUGUGAUGACCAGGAGGUGGAUACGUGUGAGGAGACGCCACCCUCACCCUCCUCUGAGUCUUAUCAGGAAAGCUGUGUGGAUAACAGCCCAGAACCAUGUCUCACCACACAGCCUCUGCCAUCCUUGCCUCAUCCCUUAACAUUAGACCCGGUUUCUCCGGUGUCACAAGCCCCACCCAUUUUACACCAGACUUUGCUUCAGAACACCAGCCCUACACUUCCACCAUCACCACAGCAAGAGCAGGCUAGGACUGUUAGUACCACUUUCCCAUUCACUACUACUGAGGAUCCCCCUAAUGCACCGAUCUCAAAUGGCAUAGAGAAGGAAGAGUGCACCGCCGAGACGCUCGACUUCCCUUCACCUACCGCUGGGGAGCUUUUAGAGAUCAAAAAACUCACUACACUUGUCCACUUGGAGGAUUCCACUGAAACCAUAAAGGAUGAGUAUGGCACUGUAGCCGACCUGCAUUCUGUUCAAAAGGUCUCCGCCCUGUCUACAAAUGAUGAAAAGUGGACUCAGAGUGUUAAGAAACUUCUCCGUGCCCAGUCUAGUAGUACCAACGGAGGGUACAGAGAAGGGCCACGAAAUCUGAGUAGUCCGGUCCAGCUUGGUUGGAUGUCAGCGGUGAAAAAUGCUGCACUGUGCACUUCAUCCUUCUCCUCAGCCCUGGGACCAUCGUUCCGGCAAAUUCCGCCUUCAUCUCACUGUGUGGACGAUGACGGCCUGCCAGUGCCGCUGGAUGCCGUGCAGCAACGCCUACGCCAGAUCGAGGCUAGCUACAAGCAGGAAGUGGAGGUGCUGCGGCGGCAGGUCAAGCAGCUGCAGAUGAAACUGGAGAGCAGGCAAAACAGCUCGCCACCAUCCGAGCCAGACAUCUAUUACGAGGAUGACAUUACAUGCCUCCGAGAGUCUGACGAUGGUGACGAAGAGGACUCUCUCUCGGCCCACAGCGAAGACCGCCUAAGUGAGGGCAGCUGGGAUCGAGUGGAGAGAAAGGAUACUGAGGUUACCAGAUGGGUUCCAGACCAUAUGGCCACACAUUGCUUCAACUGUGACAGCGAGUUCUGGAUUGCUAAGAGACGACAUCACUGCAGGAACUGUGGAAACGUGUUCUGUAAAGACUGCUGCCACUUGAAGUUGCCCAUCCCCGAUCAGCAGCUGUACGAUCCAGUGCUGGUGUGCAACUCGUGCUAUGACCUGCUGCUGGAGAGUCGAACGCGGGAACUUCGCUCGCAACAGCUCAAAAAGCCCAUCGCCACAGCCUCGAGCUGAGUGUGUUAAUCAAAUUCCCACCCUGUGGGCUUUCCAGGCCCCCUUAUGUAGGUGCCAUGAGAGUCACCUGCUGUUUUUGGCAGAGACGCAACGCCCACACCGGUUAGUGAGGAUUCAUGGGUUGUUGUGCGCUAAAGCACUGCGAGGAAGUGGGCAAGCAAAAACUGUCAGAGAACGGAUUGACGACUUAAAGUCUGAAAAAGAGAAAGAGGUGAAGAUUUUUUUUAAUCACACAGAGGAGCUGAACUGAGUUGAACUACUCUCCUUUCUGGUUGAUGGAGAAAUCGUUCUGGUGAAACAUCCGCCAGAGGGCACUGUGACUAAAAUGGCCCUAAUGUGAAAAGCUUUUUCAUCUCAUAAAGAAGUCUCAUUAUAUCCAUAACUCUGUAGAAGUCUGUGUCAUGGUACGGACACCGAUUUAGCCCUCUCGAGCUUGUAUUAAAACCAAACACCAAUACAAAAAAUCUUUAGAGGACAAUCUCUUGUCUGCCCUUGAAGCCAGUGACUCCAUGGUCUCGUGCUCCACCCAGAGGCUUGCCGUAUAAAAGAUGAUGCUGCUGCUACAGUAUUUAAAAGAAAACUAAUUUUGUACCAUUAUUUUGUGCACUCUAAGCUGUUGUAAAUUUGAGGGAAAUCUGAGACCAAACCGAGGGCGAAAGGGAGAAAAUGUACGGUUUGUUUACUCUGUGGUCUGAACUUGAAUGUAGCAUUUCUUUCUUUUCUUUUUUUUUUUUAUUUCUUUGGCCUUUUUGUAUGUCUGAAAGGAGUCAUGGAAGAGAUCAAUGUUGCCAUUGAAGCUGAACUAAGGCCAGUUAUAGUGUGGAAAAUAAUCUUUGUAUUGGUAGGAGGUUGUCAUUGUGUAAAUGAGCUGCUGUACAAAGGAGGGAGACAAACGAACACGAUCCAUGUGAUGGGAGGUGCUUGUUUCUUCUGCCCAUAUUGGAGAGAGAGAGAGAGAGAGAGAGUGCAUGCUAAAGGAUACUGUAGCAAUGUUGCACUGUUCUUCCUUGUUGCAAUACUGUUCUUAACAUGCUCUUGUCCGUUUGGUCGAAUCCUAAUUGCCACCUUUAAUGUUUUACAGAUUAACAUACAAGAAGGAGGAUAAAAUAGUUUGAAGGUGCGAUUUAUAAUCUUUAAGCCCUUUACUGCCUGUUAUGUGAAUUACAAUUCUGUUUAACCUAAUUGUGCUUUAUGCUGUUUUUUUUUGUUUUGUUUUGUUUUGUUUUUUUAAGAAAAGGGUUAAACGAGAACUUUAAGAAGUAAAACUGACCGAUCGGUCAUACUGCAAUAUCGUGAAUCAGUGGUUUAUAAUUAUAUAUAAAUUAUAUAAUUGGCACUAAAAAUCCAAAAUGGCACCUUUUUAAUAACUGUUAAAAAUGUCAUGUUAGCUGAUUAGUAUACUAGCUUACUAAAAUGAAUAAAAAUGGGCUGUACGAAAACGACAGUCACUUAAACUAAACAUUUCUUGGCAUGUUAAAAACAGUGUUGAAAAACACAGGGAGCAAAUGAUGGGAUAUUCAGUAAGUUCAGGGUUCAGAUCAUUCGAAUUAUUCAGACCUGAGUAAAGUUCUCUGGAUUGGAAUAUUAGCAUUACAUAAACCCUCAAAAACAACAACAAAAAAAAUGAUUUUUUCUUUCACAAGUGGUUAGUAGGUGGACAUUGUUUUACUGUGUUCCUUGAAAUACUAGUGCCAUUUAUUUUCAUUUAGAUUUUUUCCUUCUCUCUUGGAAUGCACCAUGUCACUUAUCAGUAAUGACUAAACGUAUAAUGGUACGAAUACUUAGCAAGUGAAUAUUUUCAGAGGUUCUCUUGAUGCCUAAUGAUAGUUUUUUUUUUCUUUCAAAUGGCAAGAUGAUGAAGGAACACUUUUGAUUUAGAAAAAGUCAACCAAACCCACUGUAAUAUUAUCUGUACUAGUGGCUGGAAUUUGUCACAGUUAAUGUUGUAAAGAAUUGCACUGUUCAAAUCCAAUCCCAUGGCGCAAAUAAAUAAAUAAAUAAAGUCUGUGGAAUCUGC